UCAACACCACUACUUGCUUACUUGGCUAACUACUUCCGGGAGUUUUAUUAUCAAUGAUUUUGGCACUCGUGUAAGAUUAAAACACUUCUCUUGUGUUUGUCGUUUUUCGUUGUCAAAAUGUCUUACAACUACGUGGUAACAGCGCAGAAACCUACGGCAGUAAACGCCUGCAUCACAGGUCAUUUCACUUCAGCAGAGGAUCUCAAUCUGCUCAUAGCCAAAAACACACGUUUGGAGAUUUAUGUGGUCACAGCGGAGGGGCUGAGGCCAGUAAAAGAAGUUGGCAUGUAUGGCAAAAUUGCUGUCAUGGAGCUCUUUCGACCUAAGGGUGAGAGUAAAGACCUGUUGUUCAUUCUCACAUCCAAAUACAAUGCCUGCAUCCUUGAAUACAAGCAGAAUGGGGACAGCAUUGACAUCAUCACCCGUGCCCAUGGUAAUGUCCAGGAUCGUAUUGGACGUCCAUCAGAGACGGGGAUUAUUGGAAUUGUAGACCCAGAGUGUCGCAUGAUUGGUCUGAGGUUGUACGAUGGACUGUUCAAGGUGAUCCCACUGGACCGGGACAACCGUGAGCUCAAGGCGUUUAACAUCAGGCUGGAGGAGCUGCAAGUCAUUGAUGUUCACUUCCUGUAUGGCUGCCAGGCUCCAACUGUCUGCUUCAUCUAUCAGGACCCUCAAGGACGUCAUGUAAAGACCUAUGAGGUUUCCCUGAGAGAGAAGGAGUUCAACAAGGGCCCCUGGAAACAGGAGAACGUGGAAGCUGAGGCAUCAAUGGUUAUCCCAGUGCCAGAGCCAUUUGGUGGUGCUAUAAUCAUAGGACAGGAGUCCAUCACCUACCACAAUGGAGAUAAAUACCUGGCCAUCGCACCGCCCACUAUUAAGCAAAGUACGAUCGUCUGCCACAACCGGGUGGACCCAAACGGCUCACGCUACCUGCUGGGGGACAUGGAGGGACGCCUGUUCAUGCUGCUGCUGGAGAAGGAGGAGCUAAUGGAUGGCACAGUGGCGCUCAAAGACCUGCACGUGGAGCUGCUCGGAGAGACUUCUAUCGCUGAGUGCUUGACCUACCUGGACAAUGGCGUGGUGUUUGUUGGCUCCAGACUGGGCGACUCCCAGCUUGUGAAGCUUAACGUGGACAGCAAUGAGCAGGGCUCAUUUGUGACCGUAAUGGAGACGUUCACCAACUUGGGACCCAUAGUGGACAUGUGUGUGGUGGACCUGGAGAGGCAGGGCCAGGGCCAGCUGGUGACGUGCUCAGGUGCAUUCAAAGAAGGCUCUCUUCGGAUCAUCCGUAACGGCAUUGGGAUUCAUGAGCAUGCCAGCAUUGACCUGCCGGGAAUCAAAGGUUUGUGGCCCCUUCGGUCUGAGGCAGGCAGAGAGACAGAUGAUAUGCUGGUUCUGUCUUUCGUGGGUCAGACACGGGUGUUGAUGCUAAGUGGCGAGGAGGUUGAGGAGACUGAGCUGCCAGGCUUUGUGGACAACCAGCAAACAUUUUUCUGUGGAAACGUUGCCCACCAACAACUUAUUCAAAUCACGUCAGGCUCGGUGCGCCUGGUGCUUCAGGAGAGUAAGGCAUUGGUGAGUGAGUGGAAGGAGCCUCAGGGCAAGAACAUCAGCGUGGCCACCUGUAACCACACUCAAGUGGUGUUAGCUGUGGGACGGGCCCUCUACUACCUGCAGAUCUUAGCCGGAGAGCUCAAGCAAAUCAGCACCACAGAGAUGGAGCACGAGGUGGCCUGCCUGGACAUCACGCCUCUGGGGGAGGGCGGGGGCGAGUCACCGCUCUGCGCCGUGGGACUGUGGACUGAUAUCUCUGCACGUGUGCUCAAACUGCCUUGCUUCACCCCACUGCACAAAGAAAUGCUUGGCGGAGAAAUCAUCCCUCGCUCCAUCCUGAUGACCACCUUUGAAGGCAGCUACUACCUGCUGUGUGCUCUGGGAGACGGAGCUCUCUUUUACUUUGGUCUAGACCUGCAGACUGGUGCCCUUAGUGAGCGUAAAAAGGUCACCCUUGGUACACAGCCAACCGUGCUGAGGACCUUCAGAUCCCUCUCCACUUCCAACGUCUUUGCCUGCUCUGACCGACCCACUGUCAUCUACUCCUCCAAUCACAAGCUGGUGUUUUCCAACGUCAACCUAAAGGAAGUCAAUUACAUGUGCCCACUCAACUCUGAGGGCUACCCUGACAGUCUGGCCUUGGCCAAUAACAGCACCCUGACCAUCGGAACCAUUGAUGAGAUUCAGAAACUGCACAUUCGUACUGUUCCACUCUACGAGUCUCCGAGGCGGAUCUGUUACCAGGAGGUUUCCCAGUGCUUCGGCGUUCUGUCCAGCAGGGUGGAGAUUCACGACGUGAGUGGCAGCACUUCUGUCGUCCGGCCCAGCGCUAGCACCCAGGCGCUCUCCAGCAGCGUGAGCUUCAGCAAGCUCUUCCCCAGCAGCACCUCUCCGCACGAGACCUCCUUUGGUGAGGAGGUGGAGGUGCACAGUCUGCUAGUCGUGGAUCAGCACACCUUUGAAGUUCUUCAUGCCCAUCAGUUCCUUCCCAGCGAGUAUGCCCUCAGCAUCGUGUCAUGUCGUCUGGGAAAAGACCCAUCGAUGUAUUUUGUUGUUGGCACUGCCAUGGUGUACCCAGAAGAGGCCGAGCCCAAGCAGGGGCGAAUCAUUGUUUUCCAUUACACUGACGGCAAGCUGCAAACUGUGGCUGAGAAGGAGGUGAAAGGAGCCGUCUAUUCUAUGGUGGAGUUCAAUGGCAAACUACUGGCCAGCAUAAACAGCACAGUUCGUUUGUAUGAGUGGACGGCUGAGAAGGAGCUGAGGACUGAGUGCAACCACUACAACAACAUCAUGGCUCUUUACCUGAAGACCAAAGGAGAUUUCAUCCUGGUGGGAGACCUGAUGAGGUCUGUCCUUCUGCUGGCCUACAAACCCAUGGAAGGGAACUUUGAAGAGAUUGCUCGUGAUUUUAACCCCAACUGGAUGAGCGCUGUGGAAAUUCUUGAUGACGACAACUUCCUGGGGGCGGAGAACGCCUUUAACUUGUUUGUUUGCCAAAAGGAUAGCGCGGCCACCACCGACGAGGAGCGGCAGCACCUGCAGGAGGUGGGGGUCUUCCACCUCGGAGAGUUUGUAAAUGUUUUCUGCCACGGCUCGCUGGUGCUGCAGAACCUCGGGGAGAGCUCCACUCCCACCCAGGGCUCCGUGCUUUUUGGCACCGUUAACGGCAUGAUUGGUCUGGUGACAUCCCUGUCCGAGGGCUGGUACAGCCUCCUGCUCGACCUGCAGAACCGCCUCACCAAGGUCAUCAAGAGCGUGGGCAAGAUUGAACACAGCUUCUGGAGGUCCUUCCACACGGAACGAAAGACGGAGCAGGUCACAGGGUUCAUCGACGGGGACCUGAUCGAAAGCUUCCUGGAUCUCAGCCGGGCAAAAAUGCAGGAAGUGGUCAGCACGCUGCAGAUCGAUGACGGCAGCGGCAUGAAGCGUGAAGCCACAGUGGACGAGGUGAUUAAGAUUGUGGAGGAGCUGACGAGGAUCCACUAGUUCUGCUCAACAAUUAGAUCCCUGCUGAGCGAGAGGACAGCCCUGAGGAAAAGCAGUGGGAGGGAAUAAAAAAAAUCACACACAUUUUUGGGCUUUACAAAUGUGUAAAUAAUUAUAAAGAGCGUGUUCAUCCUUCAGACCUCAGUGAGUUUUCAUCUGUCCAGACCCUGAAGGUGCUACAUAAUGAGUAGCGCUCUGGAUUUAAACAAGUCUGUAGGCAAAGUGCAACCUGUUGGACUACAGAAAGACCAAAGUAGAGAUCCUGGUCUGUGUGUGUGAGAAUAUAAAUAAGAUCUUCUUUCAUCUAAACCACUCUCCGGGAUAUUUGUGACACUUACAGCUAAGUAUAAAGGUCUGCAAAUCCUCACCGUGUGACUGGUUUGAAGUUGAUGACUGAAGUCUGGAGUAAUGAUGCUGUAUAAGAUAGAUUUAUAGCUAUUUUGUCUUUGUGAUGUUUUCUUUGUUUAUUCUAAUAAACUUUGCUUUAGUA